UUCUACCUUUUUGCUAUUACUUCUCGGAAAUGGUCCAUUGUCCAUGUACAGUAGAUACUUACACUUGAUAUGAUAUUCCAGGAAACAGUUGUGUGUGAAAGGUACACAGCAAAUUCACUUGUGUACAUUUAACUCAGAGACUGUUAAAUGGAACACCACUACAUACUGGUUUCACAGACUACAUACACAACAAUAACAAUCGUUUUGUUUUUUUAAACUCAAUGGAGGCUUAAAAAAGAGAGGGGCAACUACAUGCCCAAAUACUUGGUUCUGUUGGUUGUCUCCUGUUGGUGUUGGUGAAGGUUAGGUGAAGGUGAGCCACAGCUCCAGAGAGCCAAUCCCCAAUCUCUGAUUGGAGAGACUAUUUUUACUGAUUGAACAAUUAAGGGGGCUUCAGUACCUCCGUUGAGAGUAGAGGGCAAUCUGGGCACACACACACAUGCUCCCACACUCUCUCUCACACACACACACACACACACUCAUACACACUCACUCGCUCACACACAUAGUUGGUCGGUCAGUUAGUCAGUCAUUCUGGAGCUUGCCAUUCACAGAAACAGACCUCAUGGCUUUAUGGAUAGCCCUAUACCUAUCCCUUUUCUUGGUUGUCGAUUGCUGGCAUGAUCUGGAUAACACCGAGUAUGACUGUUGGCCAUUAGAUAGCCCUAAUGAUUACAACAUGAUCAACUGUGGAGGGCUGGAGAUGUCGUGGGUGCUGCGGCCACCGGAGAAAGUGACGGACGGGGAGGAGUUCAAUGUCACCUACACCAUCACGGCAUCAGACGACUUCUAUGAGUAUGCAGUCAAAAACAAAAUAUUCCAGUUCAGCAACGCCUCUGAAGCCAAAAGGUUCUGUGACAAGCACGACUGUCCCGCAAAUUGGAACAGCGCCAACGAGAUCAACUGUUGCAUUUACCAUGCCAACAUUCACUCCUGCCCUCUGGCUCUCAUGAGGCACGGCGGUAUUUGUGGCCCGUGGAUCCCUGAUGACGGGAAGAUUGUGACACACACCGUGUCCAAAGCAGGAAAGAUGAGCCAGAAGUUCUGGACAUCAAAGGUGGUUCUGAUUCAUGUAGGAGUGACCUCAGUCAUUGCACAUAUCAAAAUUGGACAUAUGCAUGCAGCUCUGGAGUCCAAGGUGCUGGUUGUCAGUGCUCAAGUGUGUGGGGAUGACGUCUGCGAGCUGGAGGAGAACUGUCUCACAUGCCCGGCGGACUGUGGUGCCUGCCCCAUGUCCAUCACCAUCAAGGUGGCCAUCGGACUGCCCGUCACACUCUUCUUCGGUGGCUUCAUCUUAACCAUGGUGUGGUUCCAGUACCAGAAACAGAAGAUGUUUUGGGACGAAAGCUGGAUUAUCAACUAUAAAAAUAUAAUGUUUGGUAAAGUGUGUUACAUGGGCUUCUGCAGUACGACCAGUCUCCAGCCGGUGAAGAGUAACUCCAGUGUGAGCCGAACUACAGACGUGACUGUCUGCACUGUGGUCAACACCACCUUCAAACAGAGCUUCAUCCAACCUGCCAUUUAUGAUGGAAGGACUGUAGCAGUGAAACACAUCCAGAAUAAACACUUCACCCUCUCCAAAACUAUCAGGAGGGAGGUGAAAGAAGUGAGGGAACUGGAUCACCCAAAUCUCUCCAAGUUUAUUGGUGGUUCCAUUGAGGUCCCCUACGUCAGUAUCAUCACUGAGUACUGCCCCAAAGGAAGCCUGGCUGAUGUCCUCCUGAAUGAGGAUGUGCCAAUCAACUGGGGGUUCAGGUUGUCCUUUGCUACUGACAUAGCCCGUGGAAUGGCUUAUCUCCACCAACACAAGAUGUUUCAUGGCAGACUUCACUCAAGGAAUUGCGUCAUUGACGACCGCUGGGUUUGCAAAAUCUCAGACUAUGGCCUGACAGCCUACAGAAAGGAUGACUUUGAGGUAGUCAGUAAUGGGUUCCACUGUGAGGAUACCUACCGUAUAUACUAUGCCCCUGAGGUCCUCCUGGGAAGCAGCUCUAAUGUCACUCCGGCUGCUGACAUUUACAGCUACUCUAUCAUCUUAGUUGAGAUUGCCACUCGCUCUGACCUCCUUUCAGACCAAACAGAGGGCGUGAAGUUGGAUAUCAUGUGGCGUCCUUCCCUGCCUGAACUGAAAGCUGGGAAAGCGGAUACUGAUUGUCCUGACCGGGGAGAUUACUGUGAGCUGAUCAAGAAGUGCUGGUCUCAAAAUGUCACAUUGAGGCCGACUUUUGAGCAGGUGAAGAAGAUGCUGGAUAAAAUGAACCCACACAAAGUCAGCCCUGUGGACAUGAUGAUGAAUCUGAUGGAAAAGUACAGUAAGCAUUUAGAGGCCAUUGUAGCGGAGCGAACACAGGAUCUUCUCCAAGAGAAACAAAAGACAGACUGUUUACUAUACAGUAUGUUACCAAAGCCGGUGGCCGAUGACCUUCGUCAGGGUCGCACAGCAGAGGCUCAGAGCUACUCCAAUGCCACAGUCUACUUCAGUGACAUUGUGGGUUUCACAGAGCUCUCUGGCUCAAGCACUCCUCACCAGGUGGUGGACUUUCUAAAUAAGCUCUACACCACGUUUGAUGACAUCAUUGAUAAUUAUGAUGUCUACAAGGUGGAGACUAUAGGAGACGCUUACAUGGUGGUCUCUGGUGUUCCCAAUGAGAAUGGCAUAAACCAUGCGGGGGAGAUCGCCAGCAUGGCUCUGGGUCUGGUCAAUGUUUGCCAUGCCUUUAAAAUCCCACACAAACCCACCACGCAGUUGAGGAUACGAGCUGGCAUACACUCAGGACCCGUAGUUGCUGGUGUCGUGGGAACCAAAAUGCCACGGUAUUGCUUAUUCGGUGAUACAGUGAACACAGCAUCGCGGAUGGAAUCAACAAGCGAAGCUCUGAAGAUCCAGGUCAGUGGAGCCACUGCUGACCUGCUAAACACACUGGGAGGUUACACUCUGAUCUGCCGAGGAUCACUAAACGUCAAGGGAAAAGGUGAAAUGACGACAUGGUGGCUGGAAGCAAAGAAAGAAGAAUCCUCUGACCCACUCCUCAGAUCCACCGAGUUCAGAGGAGUCCCUGUGCCAGUUAGCAACUAGCCAACUACUAGCCUUCAUAGUCUCUGUCUGCAUAAUAUAUGGACCACAGUUUGUGUUUAACAGCUGUAUUGUGCAAUUGAUAUCAAAUAUAUUUCUAUACUGCCCGAGAGUCUUGGAGCUGUAUUGUGAGUUUGUACAGUGAUUUUAUGUUCUGGCAGUUAUUGUAUUUAUUCAUAUCCAUAUGGUGGAUAUAUACUUGAUAUGUGCACUCAUAUUAUACACUGCUCCAAAAAAUAAAGGGAACACUAAAAUAACAGAUCCUAGAUCUGAAUGAAUUAAAUAUUCUUAUUAAUUUUUUUUUUUACAUAGUUGAAUGUGCUGACAACAAAAUCACAC